UCGUAUGCAGCAUAAAGUGACGAAGGUUCCGACGGUGACCCGACGGGAUCCAGUGCUGGUUCAGUAUUGAAGCGCUUCGGUUCGCCGUGGCUUUUUUAGAAUAUCGCGCGAUCUUCCAAACACCUAAGGCGCCGUGUAUCGUGCUUCCGAGUGAGUACUUGAACACCCCCAACAACGUUGGCAUAUAAAAGGAUAAUACUAACGAGUGAGGCAGACGGGAACACAACAAAGUGAUGAAACAAACAAAUCCAAACUUAAGCUGGUUCAUGAAAUUUUGUAUUGUGUGUGUGUUUGUUUUCGUUUCGUGUCUCACCUGGCCUGGUUCACGGCUGAUCGAUUAAUAUCCCGUGAGUCGGUGAGAAGAAGUUAGUGAAGAGUGAGAGUGAGCAAGAAAGUGUGGAAGUGUGGUAGUGUUCGUCGAGGGAGAACGGUGUCAGGAUAACUGGAUUUUUCGUGGCUCACUAAACAGACACUGCUGCUGCCGCUGCGGAAAUUGAAAAAAAGGGGGUCACAAGGACAAAAGGUGCAACCGGUCCGGCCUUACCAUUGAGCGGUGAUAUUCAGCGAGGCGAAUUAUCUGCAAUCGGGAGAUUCAUUCAAUAUUGUCAUGCUGUGGAACUGCGGAACUUAUCAUCGAAACCCAAAUUGAUUAUAUCGGCGGAAGUCGCGGAAAGAUUUAUUCCGACCAACUCGCGAUUUUGAUUCUGAGCCGUGAUUGAUUAUUUAUUAGAUGAACGAAUCUCAGACAAGGACAAAAAAGAAAACGAUGGCUGAGAGUCUAAUGGACUUCUAAUGAACCGUGGUGGAUUGAACAGAAAUUGCAACUUCUUCGAGUCGAAAAAUCCACCCUCACGUAUACUGAAGCUACCGGAAAUCGAAAUGGUGUUGACGCGAACAUAACAGCAUUUUGAAUUCCGCCGCGAAGAAAAUCAUUCCGAUAUGAUUUGAUUUGUAUCUUAUUUCGCUCGGAGCAAAGCUGUAAUCCGCUGGAAAUGAGAUUGAAUGGUCGAGCUAAAACACAUAACCAGGAUGAGACAGUUGCUGAUGAAAUUGUGUGGAAGUGUCCUUAACGCUGUGAACGAUGUUAUGAAAGCGUCGAGCAUUUGAAGCACAGUUGUCGGUCAGGAUUUAUCAAUCCUGUGCGAUCUGCUGCCGACGACGACGGCGAAGCUGGUCGAGAAAGAUACCCUGAUCAUCUUGUACAAGAGCCUCAAGAUUCAACAGCAUGUAAGGAUAACGGAACAAUAACAAAUCUGGCAUCCCUCCACUCGGUUGGAAGUUGACUGGCGUUAAACAUCAAGUUGAGCAUCGAUAUAUCCAUAUUAUGAGACCCAUUAAAGAUGAUCCACCGGAGUGCAAAUCAGAAGCACAGAUCAUACGUGCCGCAGAUAAGCAAACAGUUAACAUCACCUGCGAUAUCGACGCUAAUCCGAUGGUAAUUUAUUUAUUCGCAUUUAAUGUUUGUAAAUUGUUCGACCAUUAAUACUAGACCUCUUCCUACGCACACCCGAUUCUGCUCUUCCGGUGGCAAUUGAAGUAACUCAACGGAAAGCAUGCUCAGCGGCUCAGUUUUCCCUUGUGAACGAAUGUCGGAUCCGAGCUGCACCACCGGCUGGCGCUGGCAGAGUCCGGCAAUCCGGUCCCCCGGAGAGCAUCCGCACCAUCACAAUGUUCUGGUGGGAUCUCAAGCCUAGUGGGAAUGGUGCGCUGCAAGUUGGAAUGCCACCGGUAGCCCCAGCGGGGUCGAGUGGUUCGCUAGCGUUCGGAACGAUCACCUGCCGGCCACCACAAACACGUACGACCAGAGUGGCCACGGGGUGCUAUCACGGUCCCGGUGGCAGGUUAGUUCAUUUGUUUUAUUCAGAGGGUGCGAAUCGUUUCACCAAAGCAGCAGCAGCAGUGAGACUGGAUCACGCUACGCAGCGUUCGAAAUUAUUUAAUCCUACUUUUAUUGCAACGAGGAUUGCUAUCCGUUGUGGUUUUAUUCCGCUCGGGGUGUUUAACAUCAAUGUGGUUCUGUUUCCAUGCGUUAUUUCUGAUUCGAUUGCAUUAACUCAAGCAUGAAUUAGAGUAACAGAGUCGUAGUGUGUGUAUCAUUCGGAUAAUGCGUGUAUGUUCUGUAAUCUAGCGAUAAAUAUUAAAUCUAUUUUGUAUAGGAUGGAACGAUAGAUUGAAUCCGCUUAGUAUCAGUCGAUAAGUAAUAUAGAUUGAUAAUUACGUGUUAUAUGUAAAGUGCGGAAGGUGUAUAAUUUUCCCCAUAGUUUGAUUUCAAUUACCAGUCUUUUCACAAAGUCACAAUCACUCCAAACAUCCAUUAUUGAUCAAUAUUGUCACUAUUAGAGCAGUAAGAAGACCUUCUCUGGUGGGAGUUAAAUUAACCAUAAGCUAUUCUCCCUCUCUAAGGAACGAUGCUGUUUUUUUUCAACCACUGUCGCUAUUCCCUCAGGGACUAAGUCUGCAAAUGCAAACCCUUCCGUUGGUAACGAUUGCGAGAAUGGACCUACAAGCGAGCGGACCAUGUUCGCUGCGAUUUGACAAGGGGAAUGGAUGGGACGGUGGAAACACAAACGGUACCCCGAAGGAUUGCGGUACAACAUGAACGACGGAAAAAAUCCUUCCAUGAAGUAACCAAAUUAAUAAAACCCAUGUCGGUGUUGGACCAGCCCAAACCAGUGGAGUUUUUUUUUGUAAAAUUUUGUUUUCAACUGGCUAAACGACCAUUUUACAGCAAUAAUUCAUUUUCAGGGCUGGGUGAGUUUCUCGGAAAAUCAUAAAUACGCUUCACUUGAUGUUUUGGAUAACGAUGUCUGCAAUUCCACAACACGAAUACGUAUGUGAACACAUUUUUUAUUUUAGCAGAUCUCGUGAACAAAGUAAAUUUAGUAAUGAAAAUUAUUUUCCUCACUUAAAACUUUGGAACCGAGUAUAUUCGGUGCUUGUGAGUAAUGUUGAGUCUUUAAUCAAUGACAUAUUUGAAAUUUAAUGUGUAUAACAAUUUACUACAAAUUUGUUAUUACAGCGAUUCCAUGCCAAACCGAUAUAGUGGUUCUCAGAUUGGUAAUGAAGUGCUAAUUUUGUUCUUUAUCGCAAAAUAUUUGACCCGUAUUUUUUUAUUUUUUACUAGGGUGCCCAUUUUCAUUUUAGGGUAGUUCGAAAAUCAAUUUUUUCCACUUUUUCCCAAAAAUGACUAUUAUUAUUCAAAAACUCAUAAAUUUUGAAGCACUGAACCGAUUUAGAUGAUAGACAUAUUAAGUUGAAGCUAAUCUUUCAUUCUUGCAAAAAAAAAUGGAUUUCAAUUUCGUAAUUAUUGAUUGUAGUUGUUUUUUAUUCUUUUCAUGGCUUUGGACUAGAGGGCGCCACAUUUAAAAAAAAAUCCUUGAAAGCUGACGAUUUUUUACAUAACAUACCGUUCUGAAUCAUAUUUCGGACACUUUGUUUUAAUAUCUUGAAAUGCUUAAUGCACUGAUUCCAUAACUAUAAAAUUAAUAUCACAAUUGCUUCUUUAGAGUAACCCCUUGAUUUCACUAUCAUUUCAUAUGAAAACUACAUUUGAAUUUUAACAUAAUCGGCAAAAAUCUGACAACACUACUCAUUAUCGUUUGUAUUUGACGUUUGCUUAGCGUGAGAACGUAGAAUUUACCCGUUCAUAAAUAUUUAAAUUUGUCCCGUGUUUCGUCAGUUAACAGUUUACUGUGAUUGCUUGGUAAGUGUUUCGCAGUUGACUAUAAAAUAUAAUCAAGUACCGUUCUGAAUCAUAUUUCGGACACUUUGUAAUAAUAUCUUGAAAUGCUUAAUGCCCUGAUGAUAUAACUAUGAAAUUAAUAUCACAAUUGAUUCUUUAGAUUAUCCCCAUGGUUUCACUAUCAUUUUAUAUUAGAUUUACUUUUGAAUUAUAACAUAAAGGGUGUGUCACAUCAAAUUGCAUCACGGAAAAAACGCUGUAGAAAUUUAAUUUUUAGGAAUUAUAUCUUCAGCUUUCGCUUAUAAUCAGAUAAGAGUGUAUAGAUCACGUUGGCCAUGCUUCACUGUCAAUUUUUCGUAAAUUUGGAAAAAUGUCGUCGAACGAAAAAGAGCGUCGUGAAUUAAUCCUGCGCACUCAUUUCGAGAAUCCGGAGUUGUCACAUCGGGACAUCGGUAAGAUGCUGGGAAUCGGCCAAUCCACGGUCAGCAGAGUACUAAAACGAUACUUCGAGAACCUAAUCAUCGACCGGAAGGUGGAGAACGGCAAAAAUGGAUGCUCCGUCAGUGAAAAAGAUCACAAGCGCGUAGUUAAGCAGCUAAGACGUGAUCCGAGAAGUUCGGUCCGGGAUGUCGCCAAUAAGCUGAAUUUGUCAAGUUCAUUCGUCCAGCGGACCAAGCAGCGGGAGGGCCUGCGUACAUACAAGGUUCAGAAGGCUCCUAACCGCGACGAAAGGCAAAACAUGGUGGGGAAGACGCGAGCCCGGAAGUUGUACACCGAAAUGCUGACGAAGCCGCAUUGCCUGGUAAUGGACGACGAAACCUACGUCAAAGCGGACUUUCGUCAGCUGCCGGGCCUGUUGUUCUUCUCCGCAGAGGACAAAUUCAGCGUUCCGGAGGAGAUUCACAAGCAGAAACUAUCCAAGUUUGCCAAAAAGUACAUGGUGUGGCAAGCGAUCUGCUCUUGCGGAAAGCGGAGCGCCCCCUUCGUGAUGACCGGCACGGUAAACGGGCAGGUUUACCUUAAAGAGUGCCUACAGAAGCGCUUACUACCACUAUUGAAGCAGCACGAAGGCCCGACCAUCUCCUGGCCGGAUCUCGCUUCGUGCCACUAUUCAAAGGACGUGUUGGAGUGGUACGAAGCCAACGGGGUCACCUUCGUGUCAAAGGAAAUGAACCCGCCCAACGCGCCGGAGCUUCGCCCAAUAGAGAAAUAUUGGGCGAUUAUGAAGCAGGCCCUCCGGAAGAACCCAAAAGUUGUCAAAUCGGAGGCGGACUUCAAGAGAAAAUGGAUUUCUGUUCAAAAAAAAACUACAACCUGACAUUGUACAGAACCUUAUGGACGGGGUAAAGAGGAAGGUGCGAGCAUACGGGGUUGGGCUCGAAGUAUGAAUAAAAAGAAAAUGCUAAAAGUUGUUUAAUAAUUUUUAUUUUACUGUCUAAAAUUUUCAAAAGGAUCGGUCUGGGCGAAUUUCUACAGCGUUUUUUCCGUGAUGCAAUUUGAUGUGACACACCCUUUAGUAGGCAAAUUAUUGUUUGUUUUUGACGUGCGCUUAGCGUGAACAGGUAGAAUAUAACCGUUUGUUAAUGGUUAAAUUUCUCUCGUAAUUCAUCACUGAUCAUCGUUAUCAGUUAACUGUUAUUGCUUGGUAAGUGUUUCACAGUUGAUCAUUAAACAUAAUGAAGUAUAUUGUAAUUUUUCUUCAAAAAAUUAUAAAAUAAAAUGUCCGAAAUUUGAAUCGAAUUUUUUUCCUACGUUUCAUAUUUCGUACAGUUAAAAUUGGUGAUACUACAAUGUGCGUUUUCAGGUUUAUUAUGGAUGCGAAGCGUAAAUAUAAUAACGACAAAGUUGAAGACGCUUUGGAUGCCAUUCGAGCAGGAUCAUCUAUCCGUACUGCUGCAACCCAAAAUAUAAAAUCCUCAGGAAAUCCUUAGAAUCAGUGUGGGCCAACAUGCAAAGCGGAUGUGGGCGGAUGGAUGCGGAUGAAUGAGAGCGCAUUUAAGAUAUAUAAAUAUACACUAGUAAUAUUGUAACUAAUAACAAUAAACAUCAUGGAAUCAAAACAGGCUCUUCUGUGGAUAAGAGGAGACCCCGGCCAGGAUGGUCGAAAAAUCGAAUUUUCUUUUUGACGUAGGACUACGUCUUUCAUUUCUAUACCGGGGUGUAAAACCAACGUUUCGAGAACGAAAGCGUUACGCUGGAGACCGAGAUUUUGAGCGUUAAUAGCUCUUAAACAACUGAACGAAAUGGUAUGAUAAACACUUCAUUUCAAAGAUAAAAUGUCUACGCGUCAUAUACUUGUUACUUUUUCAUCCAAAAACUUGUUUCAAUAGUCUUAAAAUUGCUUUCAAAACAGGCUAUUGAAAUCAAAAAUCGGUAUAUAAGCGAGCGCCGCUCGUAAACCCACUCAGUUAUGAUUGAACAGAGAUUGGAGCAUGUUGUCGCUGUUGUUGUGAAGCUAAUUUCGUUUAUCAUGAAUGCGCUGAUGAACGGUGUCACCAAGAGCCUGUGUGUGCACCUAAGGCCAAAAGGGAAUCCAUCAGGAGGAGAGUGAUGCCACGGUUCCGCUUGAAACAUCGGAGCAGCCGCCACACACACACACACACACACAUACACGCGCGGAAUUCUCGUUGCUAUCAUCGUUGCUGAAAAAUAAUCUGCCAGUUCCCCUGGGAAUUGAAAAAUACAUUCAAGCGAAAUAGUUUAUUUUAAUGUUUUCUAUCCAUAUAACACUGCAACCAAAUACAUUUGGUUUUGUUAUUUUUCAAUCAAUCGCAAUUAACAGGAAAGCUUCUGAAUAUUUUUUUCCCCAUCAGUGGAAAUUUUCGUAUCCUAUAUUGGAUGCAUAACAUGAAAAACGGAAAAUGUUUCACAUCGCGAAAAUCAAGUCAUUUUCGAGCGAUUAUUUGCUUACUACUCAUAUAAUGCUUCGACCAAAUACAUUUCGUUUUGGAUUUUUUCAAUCAAGUGCGAUCAACGUAAGACCACGUCUUUCGGCAAUUUAUUAGAGGUGCAAUGAAUCUUUAGGAAUUCCCGCUCUACGCGCACUGGCAAACAAUGUUUACUCAACAAUUUCUCAAACUAGAAAUGGGUGUUGUGAGAGAGGAUUAGCGAACGCGAAAACGACAAACGGGAGAAACAUACGUUUGGAGGUUGAAGGAAAUUGGCAGAAAACUUCUCGAGCUCGUUAGUCUUUCGCAGACAGCUCGUUAGUCAUUCGGUGGUAAGGCACACGAAGUCAGCUCGGAUAAGCGCAUCAGCCGCAGAAAGCGUGAAGAAGCCACAUCGCUAUCGACCGGGAACUUCGCAUGAAAUUCGUCGCUAUCAGAAGUCGACCGAAUUGCUGAUCCGCAAGCUACCUUUGCAGCAUUUGGUUCGUGGAAUUGCUCAGGACUUCAAAACCGACUUGCGCUUCCAAAGUUCCGCGGUUAUGACGCUGCAGGAGGCUUAUUAGAAGAUACCAAUUUGUGUGCUAUCCAUGCAAAACGCGUCACAUCAUGCCCAAGGACAUUCAGCUGGCCCAUCGAAUCCAAGGAGAGGGUGCUAUAUUAGCUUAGCAUAUAAUCAUCGGCCCUUUUCAGGGCUCCAAAUUUGAUGGAUUAGAGUUUAGAAAAGUUUUUUGCAGGCCAAACUGAAACGAGAAUUUUCGUUUGGAUGCCAUACAGCAUCGAGAAAAUUCCGGAAAGAUCUAAUCGUUGCUGAAAAAUAAUCUGCCAGUUCCCUGGGAAUUGAAGAAUACAUCCAUGCGAAAGAGUUUAUUUUAAUGUUUUCUAAUUAUAUGGCGAACACAGCGACCAAAUACAUUUGAUUUCGUAAUUUUUCAAUCAAGUGUAAUUAGCUGGAAAGCUUCUGAAGAUUAUUCUUUCCCAUCAGUAGGAUAUUUUCGUAUCCAAUAUUGGAUGCAUAACAUGAAAAACGGAAAACGGUAUCGCGAAAAUUAUAUAAUUUUCAAUCGAUUAUUGCUCAGUCGCCGAAAUUUUCAUACUCAGAGAGUUCAUUCUCCUCUAGUUUGCCUUCCAAAUUGCCAUCGUAAACCACACCUUCUCUCGAUUCAAUCACGCACGAAAAGCAUACUGAAAUGAUAUUCUGGUGGUGAAACCGAUUCAUUUUUCGUGAGGCGUCGUGCACAAAUUACGUAACGCGAUAAGGGGGUAGAUGUUGCGUUACUUUCUGUUUAUUAGAGAUAGGAAAUUGCGUUACGAAAGGGGGGAGGGGAGAGGUGGUUCAAAAUUCGGAUUUUUAGCGUUACGUAAUUUGUACACGACGCCUGAGGACAUCGACAAGACAACAUCGUUACUGAACGAGCUGAACGGCGAGGGAUCGAGGGAUUCAUUACCUGGCCUGACCUGACCUGAAAUGUAAUCAGUUUGUUUUAACUGUGAGGGAGCGCAGAAAAGCCGAUGCUGAUACUCUCGUGACCAAGAGAGUAUCAGCAUCGAAAUACGGUUCCUCGGGAAGACAUAGAAGCAGCCGCCACACACACACAUACACGCACGCAACUCUUUUCGUUUGCUGGUUAUCGAGAGGAAACCUGGAAAGAAAUGAUCGUUGCUGAAAAAUAAUCUGCCAGUUCCCCUUGGAAUUGAAAAUUACAUUCAAGCGAGUUUAUUUUAAUGUUUUCUAUCCAUAUAAUACUGCGACCACAUACAUUUGGUUUUGUGAUUUGUCAAUCAAGUGCAGUUAGCAGGAAAGCUUCUGAAGAUUAUUCUUCAGAACAAGGUUUUUUGUAUCCAAUAUUGGAUGCAUAAAACCUUGAGUCUCCAACGUAACACUCUCGUUUUUGAAGUCACCCAAAUAUUUAUUUAUUCAUUCAUUCAGGAUGGAUUUAGAUUCAACUUCAAACAAAUGAUCUCUAAAUCAACGAUAGUCCUACGUCACCCUUGCGGUUAUACCAUAGAUAUAACCCAAUUCCUGUUUUUUGAAUUUUUUAGUAAGCUCAUGUCCCAGAAAUUUCAUCCUGAAACGAUUUUUCGAUAUUCGAUUUCGUUGGGAUGUUACAGCCAAAAGUAUGAGAUCACCGUAAGGGAUAUAGUAUUGUAUUGUUAUACGUAUUUUUAAACGCGUUUUUCUCGAAACCAUGUUUUUUCUGCUGGUAUCGAUAUCUCAGGAGCUAAUCGACCGAUUUACCCAUUUUGGAAUUUUUUCUAAUUUUAAAAAACCCGUGUGUAACGCUUUAGGUGUUGUCCUAAGUUUCAAAAUAUUCUUUGGAAUUCGUUCUGCGACACGCCAUUGCUUCAGAACCGAUACCACCAUCAGGGUACCGAUUUUCAGACAACAUCUACGCUUCCAGCUGCCAACAGCGUAAUAAUCAUUAUUCGUUCACUCAAAAAAUGGAAAAUACAUCUUCAAAUAUACCUUUAACAAUAACCAAAAUACCCAAACACUUAAUUUUUCUCAUGUUUGAUCAUUUUAUUGCAUUAGUAAUUGUACAGAAAUAUAAGUUGAGCCUGAAACCACAAGAAACCGUUAUGCAAACAGAGUGUCCGAAAUUUGAAUUCACUCUGUCAGAAAUUCGAUUUUUUUUAAAAAUAGUGUCCGAAAUUUGAUUCUUAUCCACUUCAAUUGAAAAACAUUUUUAUUCGAUAAUUGUUGAUGUUUUUAAACAAAUAGGCACCAAAGUAGAAAGCUUAAAAGCUUAUUGAACUAAUUUAGUAAAAAUAUCCACCAAAUAGUACUUGUGCAUAAAGUUUAGAUCUGUUUUCUGCAUCAAAUGCCUAAGCGUCCGAAAUAUGAUUCAGAACGGUAAUUUGUAAAUUUUGUCCAAAAAAUUACAAAAUAAAGUGUCCGAAAUUUGAAUUUAAUCUGUCCGAAAUUUGAUCUAGUGUCCGAAGUUUGAUUCUUAUUCGCUUCAUUUGAAAAGCAUUUUAUUCGAUGAAUUUUUUAUGUUUUCAAUCAAAUAGGUACCAAAGUAGAAAGCUUAAAGCAUAUUGAACUAAUUUAUUAAAAAUGUCAUCCAAAUAAUACCUGUCCAUAAAGUUUAGAUCUGUUUUCUGCAUCAUAUGCCUUAAGCGUCCGAAAUAUGAUUCAGAACGGUAUCUCAAUAUCAGAGAUGCUUUAUUUUCGUUUUUGAGAUAUGAUUCUUCAAAGUUAACCGGUGGUCUGAAAAAUCAUUUUUCCCCUAAUAAAACAAAUAAAAAAGUUGUAAUAGAUUUUCAUUAUUUUUUUUUUGUAUUAUUUCAAUAACACAAUUCUUUAUAUUUUUUCGGUCGUUCUAGCAGAGCGAAACGGUGGUUACUACAAAAAAUGAUGACAUGGCUUGAGAAGAGGCCUCAAUCAUUGUAGUCGUCCCAUGAACUACUUCAGCUGGUGUUGAUCGUGGAUCAUUAUCACAUUGGAAUUGUCACAGAUAGAUCAACGAGCACGCAUCGAAAGUUAUACCAAAUAACAUUAACAACAUUUCGAACUGUGCAAAUUGCGUACUUUUUCUAACUACUAAUUCAUGCCAAUAGUUACCGGUCUUCAUUGCGGAGAGUCAGAAAACUCAUUUCUUUUCCAUACAAUUGCUAUCGCAAUCCUAAUAAACAAAUUACAUCAUGAAUGGUUUUCGCAAACUCAAUUGACUGAUUCUGAUUGAGUUAAUUAUAAUUCACAUGUUUGAUAGAAAUCUGAAUAUAAUGAAUAUAAUUUAAACAAAAUAAACACGUCGUUGUCGAUUAUCAAUAUCACAUUCCCUUGGUACUGGGGGACGGAAAGGUUUUAUAGGUGUUUCUUAUUGCAAGCAGAGCUUGUAUGGAUGGAGAGAGGCCAGGACUCCGACCGCGAAUCG